AUGCCAAAACAAAAAGCUCCCAAGGGCGCAUCGAAAGAUGUUUCCUCUACUGCAGAAGUUAAUGAUGCUCGAUUUUCGAAUUUCUCGACCGAUCCAAGAUUUCGUCUUCCUUCGAAGAAACAAACAAGGACUAAGAUUGAUAAACGAUUUUCGCGUAUGUUGAAAGAUGAGGAUUUUUCUAAUUCGGCAAAGGUUGAUAGGUAUGGGAGGAAAUUGAGUGGUAGUGGGAAGAAGAAGGCGCUUGAGAGGUUGUAUGUUGAUGAGGAUGAGGAUGAGGAGGAUAGUGAGAGUGAGAAUGAAGAUGAAAAUGGGCUUGGAGAAGAUGUGGAAGUGGAGGAUGAUGAGGUAGUGGAGAAGGAAUUGAGAAAAGCAGCUGCGGCAUGGAGGAGUGGAAAUUGA